AUGGACAAUAUUCCCGACAAGGACUUUCUGGAAUGGCUCGAAGAUGAACAGGACUACGAGCUCGACGCAGGCUGGACUCGGUCGCGUCCUUUCCCGACCGCGCAAGUCGCCAGCGAGCCGACGCAGCGUCCCACGAAGCCAAACGCGGACACUCCCCUCCGAGACGAACCCGCCACGACAAGCCCCGAGAAGCGCGACGCCGCCGCCACGCGCAUCUGGACGGACGAGGAGAUCGCGAAACUCCAUGCAGAUACUAUUGAUAAUCUGCGCGCCCUCCGCAUCGACAUGAAGGAGCAACAGCGAGAGAACGAUAAGCAGCGGAGGAAGUUGGUCAAAGUUCUCUCCCAUCGUGGCAGUCACAAGCCCAGGUCCAGACAAGCCCUCCCGCCGACCGCGCCCCAAUCCGAUCCCGAUCGUCUGUCGACCCCUUGCGGCUUUCCGGAGCACACGACACAAACCUCCCGAGACGAGCAGAACACGAGGACCGACAGGCAACCGGCCGCCCGCGACGAUCAGCCAGGAGAUGUUUGA